CUCUUUUUUGGUUAUUUUAGAGUCAUGCAACACUCUGAGGCAUUGAGGAAGCAAAGCAGCAUAUGAAAGCAUCACCUUUGGGCUCAGGACUUUGAUAAUACAUACUGCAUAUGUGGACUUUUCCCACCUGCUGCUGCCAUCAAACAAACUUACAAUGCCAUCGAUCAGUCUUUCCUUCUAUAUCCUGGGUUUGGUUGUGGCUUCUGUCACAGCAAAUGAAAACUCAACAGGGUUUACCACAAAUUCAACUGAAUUUGAUAGUGACGGAAAUUAUUCCACCACUGUAACACUCCUCAACACCAACGCCAAUGUCACCAGAACCACCGACACCAUUACCGUCACCUCCACCAGUACCUUGAACAUCACCGGGGGCAACAGCACCAUCCCACCUUCAACAACAAGGCAGAAAGGUCCUGGCGAAGAACCCAAAAGUACAGUUCCUUCGAUCACCACACCUACACCUUCUAAAAGCAAAACAUCGACCACCACAACAAAAGACAAAAGCACCAUUGCUGAGCCAAAGCCGGCAGCGAAAACAGGUGACAUCACUGGCAUUAUCAUCCUAGUUGUGAUCAUCGUCAUAGCGCUUGUAUGUGGAGCUGCCUGCUUCUUUGCACGGAAGAGAGGAAGGCGCUACUCUGUCGACUUCACUUCCAGACCGGAUGAAGCCAACAUCCCUCUCAGCACUAUGGAGCCUGAGUUGCCUAUUGAUACUGUAUCUCAGAACGGACUGCAAACCUUUGAAAGUGCAGAAACUACUACAAAAAAGGAGCAAGAACCAGAGGCAAAACCGGAAGUGCAGGAGGAGCAGAAAGCUGAGGCUGAUAAAUCUGUUGUUGAUGCCAGUGCUGAGUCUGCAGCUCCGGACAAACCCAAAGAGGACGUUGUUGAGCAAAGUCCCCCAGCACCUGUGGAGCCGAGUGUGGAGGAGAAAACUGAUGACGAAGGUGUCGUCUCCAAUAAGACCUCAGCGGAAUCACUGAAGGAGACAAAUGAGAACAACAGCAACAAUGCUGACUUCAGUCAGAAGAGAGAUUUGAAGAGGAGCAACAUCUUCUGGGACGUUCCUCUCGAUUGUCCGGUGUGAGACAUAUCGCCUCUCUGCCCCUAAACUGUUCUUCAGGAACUCGAUUGAAGAAGUAACCACAGUGGAAAAGGACACGUCAGUUCAUACCGAGUGAGAAAUCUAAUUGGCUGUUGGCUCCUUGUUGGG